GCUGUGCGGAAACCCCGUACUGACUCUGAAGGGGCCCAAGAUGGCUGAAUACUCACGGGGGGGGCAGUUAGCAAUUAUCUGAACAAGACGUCGGGAAUGAAUGGCAAAUAGCAUUAUAAUGUAAAGCGUAAACUUUAAGUAAUUAUACGAGUACAGUUUGUCGGUUUGCAUAAUUUUUGGGAUGCAUGAAUACCAGUAAGGAGAGAGUUGUCUCUCCGCGGCCCCGAGCCAGAACAUGGCGGAACACUUGGGGAAGAAAUAGCAGCUAACGCUAGCUAGCUGGCGUAUUAUUGAGACACAUUUGGAAACAUUGGUCCGGGGUAAAUACGGCGUUUGCGGUCCGCAAGUGUAAAAUAAUGUUAUCGGUGCACCGCUCUGGUCAUUCUGCUUCAAAUGGUUGUUUAACCUUAAAUUUAUGGAGCGUAGGCAGUUAGCGUACUAGCUUGCUUGUCAAGUCGUUAAGGUUUGCUAUUAGCUAACGUUGGCCGCAAGCGUACACACUGUACUAAUAAGCAGGCAGAGUGUUUUGGGAACCAGUGAUCGUAACAGCGGGGCUUAUUCUGAAUACACCCCUCUUAGCUAUACGCGAGGACUUUGUCAUGUCUGUCAGUCCUUGUUUUGUCGCCUAACACGGUAACUUAGCUAACGUCAAUAUCCUCCGCACUGUAAAUUAGACUGUGGUUAGCUUGCUACAAUGGUCUCUAAGCUGCUUGUAUGUGGCGCGUUGCCCAUUACCGUGGCGAGAUAAGUUUUGAGGCAGCUCGUCAAAAAUAUUCUUGAUAUCGUAGUUGUAACUGCGGAGUCGGGCAGGUUAAUCGACCAGGUGUUAACCAAUUUAAAGCUGCUUUAAAGGACUGUUCGCCUGGUUGACCCCUGACACAAGACCAUUACCGCAUUGUAGUAGUGAACAGGUGCAAAAAAAGUGAAUAGAAGUUGUGGCGUUGCCUGGUGAAGUAGACACCGUUUAAAAGCCAAGUAGGUCCGGGAGUGGGGAAACCGGGUACAACCACCUGCCAGGAUGACGGACACUCGUCGACGAGUCAAAGUCUAUACCCUCAAUGAGGACAGACAGUGGGAUGACCGUGGGACCGGGCAUGUCUCCUCCGGUUAUGUCGAGCGAUUGAAAGGCACGUCUCUACUGGUGCGAGCAGAGAGUGAUGGUUCCCUACUGCUGGAGUCCAAAAUUAACCAAAACACAGCCUACCAGAAACAACAGGAUACGUUGAUAGUAUGGUCAGAGGCUGAAAAUUAUGAUCUGGCACUCAGCUUCCAGGAGAAGGCCGGCUGUGAUGAAAUCUGGGAGAAAAUAUGCCAGGUGCAGGGAAAGGACCCAUCGGUGGACAUAACCCAGGAUGUGGUGGACGAGUCUGAGGAGGAGCGCUUUGAUGACAUGUCGUCGCCAGGUCUGGAGUUACCACCAUGUGAACUAAACCGCUUGGAGGACUUGGCUGAGCUGGUGGCUUCCUCACUUCCAUCGCCACUGCGGCGCGAGAAACUGGCACUGGCUGUGGAGAACGAGGGUUACAUUCGCAAGCUCCUGGAGCUGUUCCGUGUGUGUGAGGAUUUGGAGAACAGAGAGGGACUGCACCACCUGUACGAAAUCAUUAAAGGCAUCUUCCUGCUCAAUCGUACUGCACUCUUUGAGGUCAUGUUCUCUGAUGAGUGUAUCAUGGACGUCAUUGGUUGUCUGGAGUUUGACCCAGCACUCCCGCAGCCACGGCGGCACCGGGAGUUUCUCACAAAGACAGCCCGGUUUAAGGAGGUGAUCCCCAUCUCUGAUCCUGAACUGCGUCAGAAAAUACACCAGACGUAUCGGGUGCAGUACAUUCAGGACAUGGUGCUGCCCACACCCUCUGUUUUUGAGGAAAACAUGCUGUCCACCCUGCACUCCUUCAUCUUCUUCAACAAGGUGGAGAUUGUGGGCAUGCUUCAGGACGAUGAGAAGUUCCUGACAGACCUUUUUGCACAGCUAACAGAUGAGGCUACAGAUGAUGACAAAAGACACGAACUGGUGAACUUCCUAAAGGAAUUCUGCGCAUUCUCACAAACGUUACAACCUCAAAACAGAGACGCCUUCUUCAAGACACUGUCAAACAUGGGCAUUCUACCUGCACUAGAGGUCAUACUGGGGAUGGAUGAUGUUCAGGUGCGUGGGGCAGCCACUGAUAUCUUCUCUUAUCUGGUGGAGUACAACCCCUCCAUGGUACGAGAGUUCGUCAUGCAGGAAUCUCAGCAAAAUGAUGAUGACAUCCUCCUGAUCAACCUGAUCAUAGAACACAUGAUCUGUGACACUGACCCAGAGCUAGGUGGCGCGGUGCAGCUGAUGGGCCUGCUACGGACUCUGGUGGACCCAGAGAACAUGCUGGCUACUGCAAAUAAAACAGAAAAGACAGAGUUCCUGAGCUUCUUCUACAAGCACUGUAUGCAUGUCCUCUCAGCUCCACUACUGGCCAACACCACAGAGGAAAAACCUAGCAAAGAUGAUUUUCAAACAUCCCAGUUGCUGGCCUUGAUUUUGGAACUGCUGACAUUCUGUGUUGAGCACCACACCUAUCACAUAAAAAACUACAUCAUCAACAAGGACAUUCUCAGGAGGGUACUGGUGCUCACUGCCUCUCAGCAUGCCUUCCUGGCACUAUGUGCCCUGCGCUUCAUGCGGAGGAUCAUUGGUCUGAAGGAUGAAUUCUACAAUCGCUACAUAAUGAGAAACUUUCUCUUCGAGCCUGUCAUCAAGGCCUUCCUCAACAAUGGCUCACGCUAUAAUCUCAUGAACUCUGCUAUCAUUGAGAUGUUUGAGUAUGUCCGUGUGGAGGAUGUGAAAUCUCUCACAGCUCAUAUAGUAGAGAACUACUGGAAAGCUCUGGAGGACGUGGACUAUGUCCAAACAUUCAAAGGCCUAAAGCUGCGGUAUGAACAGCAACGAGAGAGGCAAGACAACCCCAAACUGGAUAGCAUGCGCUCCAUCUUGAGGAACCACCGCUUCCGUCGUGACGCACGGACGCUGGAGGAUGAAGAGGAGAUGUGGUUCAACACAGAUGAGGAUGACCUUGAGGAUGGUGAAGCAGUGGUUCCUCCCUCUGACAAGAUGAAGAGUGAGGAAGACCUCAUGGAACCUAUAAGCAAGUUCAUGGAGAGAAAGAAAUUGAAAGACCCAGAGGACAAGGAAGUACUGGGGAAGUCGAGCUUGUCAGGCAGACAGAACCCUAGCUUCAAACUUUCCUUCUCUGGCUCGACCAAAACCAGCCUGUCGAGCCCUCCUUCAUCUGCCUCAUUGAACCCAGGUUCUCCGGGAUCACCAGGGUCUCCGGGCUCAGGGGCACGGAGCUCACCCUCCACCACAGCUGUAACCACGAGGGGAGGGUUAGUGGGAUUGGUGGACUAUCCUGACGAUGACGAUGAGGAGGAAGAAGAGGAGGACGAUGGGGAGAGUAAAGAGGACCCUCUGCCACCUUCGAAAAAGUCCAAACUGAGCUCCUAAAGAAGCUUCACUGUCUCAGUUUGUGCACCGCUCAGACAGUUUCAGCGCAUAGACUUCACACAGGAAUGAUCAAACUUGUAAACAAAUUGAAUGAAUGAAAGCCACCCCUCGCUGUCAGCAGGUGGUCAAAAGAGGAGCGGACUGUGAAUGGUUUCGAAGCCUCCUCAGACUAGCCCAAUUCAUACAAGUGCCAAUCAGGAGACUGGGAGUGGAAAACCGUCUGAAAAGUGAACAGACGCGUGAAAGUCGGGGGAGAAAAGAUCGCACUCAAAAGAUCUUCAGCGGACUCAGACAGUAUGAGACAGGUUGGAGUUUAAUUCAGCAACUGGAGGAAAUGACCACAUACAAAAAAACACAUGUACACACAGACUGAAAUCCCAGAGAGCUUGCGAGCUUGGACCAUAACCCACUGCCCCCCCGCCCCCCCACUCAGGGAAGGACAUCACAGCGACCCAAAUGGGCCGGCCAAUUCAGACCCAGAACCACCACUCGCACCCCCAUCCCCUCCUCAGAAUCCACCUCCUCCCUGUUCCUUUCUACUUCUUUUUUUUUUUUUUUUCCUCUGCUCUUUCUCCCUCUUUGUCUGUUGCUUUUUGUCCCCUUUUUUUAAUUUAGUAUAUAGGACCAGACGGGAGGCAGCAUGUGGCAAAGAGCUGUCUUUGUUGUCUUUUGAUGAUGUCAUCAGUGUCGUCGUUCCUCAGCGGACAUUAUUUCUCUGAAGAGAAAAAAAGCCAGCAGUUUCUUCAUUAUUUUUCAUUUUGUUCUCUAUUUGUCUCUCAAUCUUUCUCCUGUUUUUUGUAAAUGACAACAAAAAAGACCUGCCUUUAAAUGUUCAGGACGUUUUCAGUCACACUUGAACAGGUUUUUAAAGACCUCAGUAGGUGAGCUAGUUUUACCCUUUUUGCCCUUUGAAACUGCAGAUUUUUUGGAGAAUUUGUAAUCCCGUCUUGAUUAAAGAUUGAGUGGAAUUCUAGAUGUGAUGAAUUUUGUCAUAUCUUCUCAUUUUUUUCCUUUUACAUGAGUGUACACUUAGUUGUUCAGAAUAUUUGGGACCAUUAAAAUGAUCUUUGCUGUAAGAUGUCCUACUA